AUGUCAACCCCCCCAGAGCUGACCAUCACCAUCACGCCGCCCACAACCGCGGACCCCACCUCCCUCCCCCCCACAGCCGCCGACCUCGCCAGCCUCGCCGUCAUCAACCCGUACGCUAUCACGCGGACGCGCCGGCGCAAAAUGCGCCUCGCCAAUACGGAGCUGCUGCGCGCGCUGCUCCUGUUCAACCACAGCAUGCUGACCGCCGCCGGCGCCGACCGCUACGAAGCGCUGUUCCGGCGGCUCAACGCGCUGCGCGCGCAGGUCGCUCAGCUGGAGGCGCACCUGGUGCGGCGGGGCGUUGCGCCGGCGGGGCCGGACGCGCUGGCGCUGUGGGAAGAGUACCGGGCGCUUGCGCGCGCGGUGGUGCAGGAGCAGGUGGGUGAGGAGGAGGGCCCUGGCGUCGAGAUUGCGGUGGCCGAGUACGAUGCCCGUUGUCAGUACUUUUUGAGCUUGGGCAGGGACCAGCUCGUUGAUUUUGCGGUGGUGCUGCAGGAUGCGGAGGGGGAGGAUCAGGUGUGCGAGUUUGUGGAUGUGCUGUGUGAGGAGACGGAGGAGAGGGUCGCUGAGCUAAGCCGUGAGGAGUAG